GGAAUCCAUCACCGCCUUCUUCUAUUGAUGGUAAUUUAACUUCUAAACCCUCAUUCACUCUCUCUCUCUCUCUAUCUCUCUCUAAUGACCCCCUUUGUUUCUCUCUCCUCCUCUUCUUCCAAUCGCUCCUUGCUUAUCUGUCUUUCCCCAAUUCUCGAUACCUGAAAAACACGAUAAAAACAAAGCCCUAAAUCAAGAACCCCAAAGUGACAGAAGUAAGACAGUUGCAUACACCUCCUCCUGCAUACUUUGGACGUUUGGGGAAACCAAGAGCUAAAGACGAUCUAAUUUUGAGGAAGAGAGAUAGGAUGCGGAGGUGGCUGUGUUGUACUUGUCAAGUUGAAGAGCGUUACCCACCAAAUGACAACGGAUUGGUAAAAAACCACAGUGAUCACAGUGAUGGGCAGCAAAAAGACUCAAAAGCAACACCUCCGGUCAAAUUUGACGUGCAUAAAGCAGUACCUACAAUCGAAGUGCCUGCACUUUCACUCGAAGAACUGAAAGAAAAAACCGAGAAUUUUGGAUCAAAGGCAUUGAUCGGUGAAGGUUCAUAUGGAAGGGUUUACUUUGCAACCUUAGAUAAUGGAAAAACCGUGGCUGUGAAAAAGCUUGAUGUUUCUACUGAGGCUGAAUCAAAUAACGAGUUUUUGACUCAGGUUUCCAUGGUCUCAACGCUGAAGCAUGACAAUCUUGUUGAGUUGUGUGGUUACUGCGUUGACGGAAAUACCCGUGUCCUGGCUUAUGAAUUUGCAACCAUGGGAUCUUUACAUGACAUAUUGCACGGUAGGAAGGGUGUGCAAGGAGCACAACCAGGGCCCGUGCUUGAUUGGAUGCAGCGAGUAAGGAUUGCUGUUGAUGCAGCAAGGGGACUGGAUUACUUGCACGAAAAAGUUCAACCUUCGAUAAUUCACAGAGAUAUUAGGUCUAGCAAUGUGCUACUAUUUGAAGACCUGAGAGCCAAGAUCGCCGACUUUAACCUUUCAAACCAAGCACCAGAUAUGGCUGCUCGCUUGCAUUCUACUCGCGUGUUGGGAACUUUUGGCUAUCAUGCACCAGAAUAUGCAAUGACGGGCCAGCUGACACAAAAGAGUGACGUGUAUAGCUUUGGGGUUGUUCUUCUUGAGCUUCUAACUGGUCGGAAACCUGUUGAUCACACAAUGCCACGUGGACAGCAGAGUCUUGUCACUUGGGCUACACCGAGGCUAAGUGAAGACAAGGUGAAACAAUGUGUUGAUCCAAGACUCAAGGGAGAGUACCCUCCAAAAGCGGUUGCAAAGCUGGCGGCAGUGGCGGCUUUGUGCGUGCAGUAUGAGGCUGAGUUUAGGCCUAAUAUGAGUAUCGUGGUGAAGGCUCUUCAACCACUGUUGAGGGCUCCUGCACCACCAGCAGCAGCGGCUCCGGAAGUGUAAUGUAAACGGGACGAGUUUCUUUCUGGGACGGUCGGUCUACAGCUUUUCGAUUGUAGGUUUUGGUUUGAGGCAUAUAUAGUAGUGGUUUUCUUUGCAUUUAUAUUUUUUUGUUUUGAGAACAUUGAUGUGCACUUGUGUUGGGUUUGUCAAAGAUUUGUUCAAUAAUGGAAACCAGCUUUUAUUCAA